CAAACACAGAUUGUUGAAUUGCCACACAAACCGGUCCCGGCGACCGGUUGAGUAUUCGCAGUGGGCACCAAGCAAAUUAGAAUCAAACCAAAUCGCUGCUUUACUUUUACAUUUCCUUAAAAAAAAAAAAAUCCAUCAUCAAAGUGAAGAGAUUCAGAGUCGUAUCAAAAUGGGUAACGAUUGGAGAAGAUCAAUGGGGAACGUGAGGUCUUUCGUGGGGAACUCCAUGGGUGGACUUAGAGGAGGUCAGAAUCUCGCUUCUUGGCUCGUCGCGGGAACAAUUGCUUACUAUCUUUGGGUUAAACCAGCUCAGGAUCUCAAAAAGGAACAGCAGGCAAGGGCACUUCUCGCGGUGGCCGAUGCGAAUGAAUACGUCGAGAAGAGGAAACCAAUCGCUGAUCCUCAGGUUACUGGUCUGAUAUACGGAAACAAGAACAGAACCGAUAAACAACAGGAUUAACUCUUUUUUUUUGUAUGAACAUCUUCUUCGGUGUAAGUUAGCUUCUACGGGUUUUGUCAAAGUUUUUUCAUAGCUAAAGAAUCAUUGUAUAGACAAAUACCAUAAGCUGUUACACUUGCAAGCAAUCGAAUAAAAAUGAUGUAAUCUGUUUCUACUC